CUGGGCCUGGCGGUAUCCUGCGGCCAUGGUGGAGGGUCCGGGCUGCGCGCUCUAUGGCGAGAAGUUACGGGCCCGGGUGCGGCGGGGCCAGGCGGUGCGGAGCGUGCGGGGCAGCGCUCUGGUAGCCGCGGCUGGAGCAGGUGGCGCGACUGCUGCAAGCAAGGAGGGAACCUCUGGUCAUGAUUUCCUCAUUGGACAUGUUUACAGGGGUGUGGAGACAUUGGGAAAGGAACUUUUUAUGUAUUUUGAUCAGAAAGCUUUGAGGAUUCACUUCGGUAUGAACGGUUCCAUGUGCAUUAAUCCCAGUGGAAGCAAAGGCAGAAACGCAGCACUACCAGUUUUGGAGAUACAGCUUACAGAAGAUACUGUUUGUUUUUUCGAGGUGACAGUAGAGUAUAGAAAUGCAGCUGAGAGUGAGCGGAAAGUGAGAAUGAUGGAAAGCUUAGAUGUCUGUUCUCCAAAAUUUAGUUUCCUAAGAGCAGAAAGUGAGAUUAAGCGGCACAAAACCCUCAUGUUGUGUGAUGUGUUACUGGAUCAAGCAGUAUUACCUGGAGUGGGAAAUAUAAUAAAAAAUGAAGCACUGUUUGACAGUGGUCUUCAUCCAGCUGUUAAGGUUUGCCAAUUGACAGAUGAGCAUAUACAUCAUUUGGUGAAAAUGACACGUGAUUUUACCCUGUUUUUUUAUAAGUGCCGCAAAACAGGGUCUCCACUCUACAAACACUACAAAGUAUACAAGCGCCCAGCCUGUGCUCAGUGCAAUGGUAAGAUCACUGUGUGUCGUUUAGGAGAGUAUAACAGGAUGACUUGCUUCUGCUCUGGAUGUCAAAACGCAGAUCCUCAGCUUGUCAAUCUAAGCAAAUUGCCAAAUAGAAAUAGCCUAAUUGGCUGGGCAUAUGGCAGAGGGUCAUGUUCUAAUGAAGAUGUAGCUUGGAAGUCUGAAGAGGAAUGGACGUGCAUGCACUGUACCCUAAUAAACAAGCCUUCUGCUGAAAUCUGUGAUGCCUGUUUGACUUCAAGGCCUGAAGUUCCAAAGACAGAGAAUAUUGAAGAUUCUGCAGCCUUUAACAUAAACUUAGUGAAGUACCCUUGUAAUGAAUUCAGAAAACCCAGCACAGAAAUAAAGAUCAAUAGGAAAGCAGCAUUUGGAACUACAACUCUUGUCUUAACAGAUCUUGGUAACAAAGAGGAUUUGAGAAAUGAUACCCAAAUAUCCGAUGGACACUCUCAGUGUGUUGCUACAAAAAGUAAUUGUAGACACACACAAAACAAUGUCUACCAGUCAUGGGGAAGCACAGCCAAGCAUUGCCCAACACCUGUAACUGCUAUGGCUUUGUCCUCCUGUCAGCAACCUCUCUCUUUCACACAUGUACAGAAGAAACAGAAAACUGAUCAUAUACCCUCAGUUCACCAAUAUAAUAAAGCAAUAAGUGCAGGCCAUCCUCGCUGCAGCAAACACAGCCGGCUCUGCAGCCUCAGAGUUGUGAGAAAGGAGGGAGAAAACAAGGGCAGGCAGUUUUAUACCUGUCCUCUACCGAGGGAAACUCAGUGUGACUAUUUUCAGUGGGCUGACUUGGAUUUUCCAUUUUGUAACCAUGGCAAGCGAUCUGUUAUGAAGACUGUCUUGAAGAUUGGUCCCAAUAAUGGAAAAAACUUCUUUGUAUGCCCUCUUGGGAAGGACAAACAGUGUGGCUUUUUUCAAUGGGCAGAAAAUGGGCCCGAUUUGCAACUUACUCCUUGAGGUCAGUGUUAAUAGUUAGCUGAUCCUCGGGAUGUCUUAAGUGCGUACAACUUGCCUAGUCAUUUUUCCAUUUGCUGCUUCAUUAGUUAAAGAGCUCCAACAGCAUAAAGAACUCAGGUCUGGAAAGAGUUAUUUUAUGUAGUCCUGUGAAAGUUAAACACUGCUUGUGUGCUGCAUACUGUUUUGCAAUAAUCAUCUAGCUUGCAGUAUAUUGUAACGUACUGUUGUAUUUCUAAUUAAAAAUUGAACUGUUUUCUUUUCUCAUGUACAUGUCAUUGAAGUUUGUCAGCACUGUGUACUUUCAAGCACAUGUGAUUUAUAGAAUCAAUAACUUUAAAUUAGUAUUUUAAAGUGGCAGAUUUUUCCAUAAGUGUAAACAUAAUAAAAUAAUAAAAGUUAAUAUAAAGAAAA